AUGAACGCGGCGGCGUUGGAGUCGGCGCGACGCGCGAAGGACGCGACGCGAUCGCUCGAGCGCGGGAUGCUCUCGCUGAACCAGAUCUUCCUCGACAUGGCCAACCUCGUGACGACCCAGGUGCGACUCGGGCGCGUUCUAUACACUGCUUCCCAUACGAUCGCGUUCGCGUUGUGA